AUGGCACAGCUGACAUGUGUGAGCCUCACUAUGGCACAGCUGACAUGUGUGAGCCUCAAUAUGACACAGCUGACAUGUGUGAGCCUCACUAUGGCACAGCUGACAUGUGUGAGCCUCACUAUGGCACAGCUGACAUGUGUGAGCCUCAAUAUGACAGCUGACAUGUGUGAGCCUCACUAUGGCACAGCUGACAUGUGUGAGCCUCACUAUGGCACAGCUGACAUGUGUGAGCCUCACUAUGACACAGCUGACAUGUGUGAGCAUCACUAUGACACAGCUGACAUGUGUGAGCCUCACUAUGACACAGCUGACAUGUGUGAGCAUCACUAUGACACAGUUGACAUGUACUGUGAAAGCAAGAAGGAUCCAGCUUCUGACGUCAUGAGAGUACUGAUAUUCACUGCCGCUCUCCUCGCUCAGCUCCACGUGACGUCAUGUCAAAGUGCGGUCAACGUCACGAGGGUCCACGAGCACGUGUACAACGUCAUCACCCCGUACACAAGACCCGUCAAAAAUUUCUCCACGACCACGAACGUCCAGGUGCUCUUCUACCUGAUGGCCAUCAACGACUUCGACACGGCCUCGCAGAAGCUGACCAGCACCGGGUGGAUGCUGGUGCAGUGGCAGAACGAGUACCUGACGUGGGACCCCGCAGCCUUUGGCGGCGUCCAAACCAUCUUCCCUGAUCCUACUCAGGUGUGGCGGCCUCGCCUGGCCAUACAGAACACCAUGAAGGACCUGAAGGCCAUCGGGGAGGACUACGUCGUCAUCAUGGCCGUCUACAACGGGAUAAUGCAGUGGUUCCCGGCGGAGCAGUUCGAAACCUUCUGCUACGUGGACGUCACUUGUUCAUCUGGGCAGAAGACAUUAGUGAAAUCAACCUCAGCAAUGGCAUCAGAAAUCGACCUCAGCUUCUACUCUGGAAAUGGCGCGUGGAAGAUGCUCUCUACCCGAGCCUUCAGGACAAACUUGAUUCUCAACGGUGCAAACUUUCCUAUUCUUGUCUAUGAGGUGACACUGAAGAGGCGACCAUCACUUCUGGUUUUGACUGUCCUCAUGCCAGUCCUGCUUCUGGCUUUCAUCAAUGUCUUCGUCUUCAGUAUUCCUUCUGAGUCAGGAGAGCGGCUGUCGUACGCCAUCACAACGCUGCUGUCCGUUGGGGUCUUCAUGAGCUUCAUCCUGUCGUCGAUGCCUUCGUCAACUGAGACUGUCUCCAUCAUGGUCAUCGACAUGAGCGUCCUGCUCAUCCUGUCUGCCUUCUACGUCCUCCUCUGCAUCUUCACCCUCCGCCUGUUCCACCGCGACGACGACAAGCACCCGGUGCCCAAGGCGGUCCAGACCUUCAUUGUGUCGCUGGAGGUCCUCCUGUGUCUGGAGCCGCCCAGCACCAAAGUCGAUCCUGUCAUCCAGGUGAUGCCCGUGUCCGACCAGGACCACCAGCAGCCACGAAUCUUUGACACCAUCAAGAAGAAGCAGCUGUCCCGGAAGCUGGCCAUCACCAACCCCAACGAGAUGACGUGGCGCCGAGUGAGCCGGACACUGGACAAGUUCUUCUUCCGUCUGUCCUUACUGAUCGUCCUCGGGUCCACCUUCGUUGUGUUCGCCUUGAUCAGCAGAAGCUAAGGUCCACUUCGUUGAGUCAAGUCUACCUGUCGAUGAUCAACUCAUUAGUUCAUCAUGCUUGAAUUAAACAGUCUGUUACAGUCUGAUCUUGUAAUAUUUCUAGAUUUUCAUAGACAUCAACUACAACCGCCUUUUAAUGUAUAUUAAAAUCUAGUUUAGAAAGCAUAAUUAGUUCCGGUAGCAUGCGCUCUCCCAUUAAUCAUCUGUCGAGAGUGUGAAUCCAAUUCUCAUCUCCAAAUUUUGCAUGUGAAUGCUAAAAACUCACACGAAUGAAAAAAAAAAGUUUU